AUGGAGCUCCUCUUCCAGAUGAGCUCAUCCUGGAAAUAUGCGAGAGCCUCAGCAAGGUCUACCUUUGCCGCUCUUGCUAGGACCUGCAAGUACCUGUAUCUCUUCGGUAUGCGAUUCCUCUAUGAGAGCUGCGAGAUCUCCAAUCCCGAAAACUUAAGCGGCUUCCUCCGCACAUUACACGACCAUCCUGAAAUAGCGUCAUACGUCCGCGAGCUGUUGAUCGGCGGAUCCUGCGACAGGAGUUUUGCAAGUGGCAAUCAUCUGAGCAUGAGCAAGGCAGAGAUGACUGCACAUAUCCGAACAUUAUCCCUUCCUUACGAAAGCACUUUGGUCGAGGCCGUUGCUCUUCAUCCGGAAGAAGUAGAGCUGGCGCUUCUUGUCUUGGAGGCUCGCACCGCUCUCCAAUUGUUACAAUCAUGUGCGACUGUGUCAAGCUUCCGAUGUGAUCGACCCGAUAAACCCGAUGACAACGUAGUGGAUUGGCAUUCCACACUUCUCGAAGCUGCAAGAUCACAUAGCGAAACCCUCGAAAAGCUCGAACUUCGGACCGACGAAAAUGGUGCACUUACCUGGACGGACGAAUGGCCGCGAAACUAUUUUUUAUCUGAAAUGGAAGAAUUAGAAGAACUGGAACUGCACUACACUGCCGUUGUGGGCAAACAACGAGGAAUCCAUUACGAUGAACUACCGGAGACGCCAGAACCUGCCCGAUCGCUCCGUGAUCUACUGCCGCCAAAUUUAGUUGAGUUAAGACUAAAGUAUGAUAGAUCCGCUAUGAACGCCAAUGUCGACUACACCGCGGAGCUACGGGAACUUGUUCAAGACGAUAUAAACUUCCCCCGCAAGCUCAAAAAGGAAUACUUCAACGCACACGGUGUCGACUUUCACUAUAUUGUCAAGUGCGAGAUAGACAAUAAACAUGAGCUGGACUACUUAGUGGCGACUCUGGCUGCCAUGGGCCACGGGGGCGCUUAUAUGUGUAAAUGGUUCAUAACCGAUGACAACUUUUGGAUGACAUCCGAAGCACUGCACGACAGGGUAAUGGAAGAGAUCAGAGCAGCUGAGAAACGCCAAGAGGCGCAUUAG